AUGGAACACAUCACCAUCAUUCCAUUCUCCCCCUCUCAACACACCCAUCUACUCCCCGCCAUCAUCCAAAUGCACAUUGAUUGCAUCCAGUCCGACGGCGCUCUCCUACGCUUCCACCCGCCCUUUACUCCCGAAAAAGUCCAAAAGAUGAAAACUUUCUGGAACGAACGCCUGUCUCAAAUCCCUACCGGCCGUCGCAUCACCCUGCUUGCUCUGGUAUCAUCAGACGGCAAGGACCAGGGCGAUGUGGCCGGCAUCAUAGAGCUAGGCAUGCCGGAAGCAGACACAGGUCCUUUCCGAGGCGACGUCGAGAUGCUGAUGGUGUCGCCAACCUAUCGACGCAGAGGUAUAGCUAAUAAACUACUCAAAGAACUGGAAGAAAUCGCAAGAGAAAAGAAGAGGACAUUGCUACAACUAGGCACAGACGUUGGCUCUACGGCGGAGAAAUAUGUAUAUCCUCGCUUGGGCUAUGUUCUUAUGGGAAUAAUCCCCAACUAUGGCAUCUCGCCUCGGGAUGGCUCGCUGAAAGACGGUGCUUUCUUCUACAAACAGCUGGCGCCUAUCUGCUAA